AUGGCUCAAGAUGUUAGACGAGUGGGAAUUGUUGGAUUUGGGAGUCUUGGCCCAGUUCGAGACUUAUGCCCAUUAGCUCCUAACAAUGUGAACACGAUGGCAGCUGCUUCAAUAAUAGCUUCAAAUCUAGGCUUUGAUAAUGUCAUUGGAUGUCUUGUAGCAGAUCCAAGGUUGUCUUUCUGUCAUAUUGUGGAAAUAGAAGUUACUGGUCCUGGUAGCUAUGACAACCAUUUCUCAGUACACACAGUACGAUCUAAUCCUGCUUCAAUAUGA